UAUCCCACCACCCAAAUAAAAACCAUCGCCUUCGACUUCUCCGUCGGUAGCUUGGUUGGUAUGAAUGAGCUGCUAGAGGAGGAGAUCAGAGGGCUGGACGUCGGCGUUUUGAUAAACAACGUUGGGGUGACGUACCCAAGUGCUAGAUUUUUGCAUGAGGUGGAUGAGCAAGUGUGGACGAAUGUGGUAAAGGUGAAUGUGGAGGGCACAACCAGAGUGACCAUGGCGGUUUUACGAGGAAUGGUUGAGAGGAAGAGAGGUGCCGUUGUCAAUAUUGGGUCUGGCGCAGGCAUUGUCGUGCCCUCACAUCCUCUCUUCACCGUCUACGCCGCUACCAAAGCUUAUGUGGACCAAUUGUCAAGAUCCCUCCACGUGGAAUACAAGCGUUAUGGCAUUGAUGUGCAGAGCCAGGUGCCAUUAUACGUAGCAACAAAGAUGGUGUCAAAGGUGGCAUCCAUCGAGGGGUCAUCUCUGUUCAUACCGACGCCGCAUGCGUAUGCCAAAGCAGCGAUUCGGCGUAUUGGGUAUGAGGCCCGCUGCACACCGUUUUGGGCUCACUCUCUUCAGUGGUGCUUGGGGAGCUUGGUCCCCGAGUCUCUUCUUGACGCUUGGCGCCUCUCUAUUGGCUUGAAAAGAAGGGCCAAGCUACACUAUGCAUAACUAGCUAGCUAGCUACUGCUACUAAUUUAUAAGUUGCUUCUAUAUAUAUAAAGA